AUGCUACACAGUGGGAGGACUGACAAUCCUAGAAUUCAGCAGUGCUGGUCUGUGAAGAUCCAGCGGUGCGGGGUCUGCAGAAGAGUGAUGCUGGCUGAAUCUCUCACUAUUCCAUGUUUUUAUGAUGAGAAAUACAAAUCAAACCGUAAAUACUGGUGUAGGGGGUAUUACUGGUCCUUCUGUAAAAUAGUAGCCUAUAAAAACACAAGUGGAAGAACAUCAGUCACUGAUCAUCCAACCCAGAAUAUGUUUACUGUGGAACUGAACAGCCUCCGAGACUCUGACUCUGGAUAUUAUUGGUGUGCUGUGGAAAUUGGUGGGACAGAAACCCCUGAUGACAAGGAUUAUUUAUACCUAACAGUCAGUGCAGAUCCUGCUGUGUCAGUGAUAAACAGCAGAGUGAGUGGUCAGGAAGGGGGCAGCGUCAGUGCCCAGUGUCUCUAUAGAGCUGAAUAUCAGAAUAAACAGAAGAACUGGUGCAGAUUUAAAGACGGGAGCUGUUUCACAGUGGGGAAGACUACCACAUCCCAGAAUUCAGCAGUGCUGGUCAGUGAUGAUGAAAAAGGAUCUGUCAGUGUGGAGAUGAGGGGUCUGCAGAAGAGUGAUGCUGGCUGGUACUGGUUCAGUGCAGGAGAUGUGGGGGUUACUGUUCACCUCACUGUCACUGAAAGACCUUCAAUUGUGACUACAAGUUUAAGCAGUCAGGAAACCCAGGAAAGUGUAAACACUCCAGAUUCUGAGAGCCUGAAGACACUGAAGAAUUUAGCUGUAAGACAUGGAGGAUCUCUCACUAUUCCAUGUUUUUAUGAUGAGAAAUACAAAUCAAACCUUAAAUACUGGUGUAAAGGGCAGGAAUGGCUCCUCUGUAAAAUAGUAGCCUAUACAAACACAAGUGGAAGAACAUCAGUUACUGAUCAUCCAACCCAGAAUAUGUUUACUGUGGAACUAAACAGCCUCCAAGACUCUGACUCUGGAUAUUAUUGGUGUGCUGUGGAAAUUAGUGACAGAUCAGAUGACGGUGAUUAUGUGUACCUGACGGUCAGUUCAGAUCCUGAAGUGUCAGUGAUAAACAGCAGAGUGAGUGGUCAGGAAGGGGGCAGUGUCAGUGCCCAGUGUCUCUACAGUGCUGAAUAUAAGAAUAAACAGAAGAAGUGGUGCAGAUUUAAAGACUGGACAUGCUUCACAGUGUGGAAGACUACCACAUCCCAGAAUUCUGCAGUGCUGGUCACUGACUUUGGAAAAGGAUCUGUCAGUGUGGAGAUGAGUGGUCUGCAGAAGAGUGAUGCUGGCUGGUACUGGUUCAGUGCAGGAGAUGUGGGAGUUACUGUUCACCUCACUGUCACUGAAAGACCUUCAACAACAGCUGUGACUACAAAUUUAAGCAGUCAGGAAACUGAGGAUAGUAUGACCACUCCAGAGGAAACUACAUGUUCUGGCACUGAGAAACCCAAAGAGUCACACCAGUUCUGUCUUUCACACAACUGA